UUGCGGUGGACGGAGAGCGGGGACCGUUUCGGCGCGUGCUGUUGCGAGCACGCACGGACUGGGUUUUUCUUUUAUUUUCCUUCCGCGGUUACCGUCGUCGUCGCUAGCACAGUUCACGGCGGUUCACGAACACGACAUUACGCGUCUCGUUCCGGACUGGAACUGACGACCAGAAGACCAUUAAGAACGUAACGCGCGCAAACGGUAUAACCGCGAACAGCACACGUUAUGUCGUCGUCGUCACCUAACCGGUCACCGCGGCAGUCCCUCUGCGCGUCCCUGAUGCUGGCCGUCGCGGUCUGCGUGUGCGUGUGCGGCCGCGUGGUCGCGGCGCAGAGGGCCGGCAGCGGCAUCGGUUACCGCGAAGCGCCGGCCGUGAACAUCCGCCGGCAGGGCACCGUGGCCGGCGUCGAGGUGCCGCUCAACAAGAUCGGGCACCGGGCCUGGACGUACCUGGGCAUACCAUACGCGCGGCCGCCCGUCGGCGACCUGCGGUUCGCGCCGCCCAAAGUCGACCCGCCGCCCUCGUGGAACAACGUCCGCAACGGGUCCGUGCACAUGCCCGGCUGCAUAUCCGACCCGCCCGCUCGGCCGCACCCCGUCAACCGACUGUUCACGUCCAUGUCCGGGUCGUCCGUCGAUCGGAUCAGGAUGUCUGAGGACUGUUUGUACCUGAACGUGUACCGGCCCGAAGGUGCGGUGCCCGACGAAAAGUUUCCAGUUAUGGUAUGGUUUCACCCUGGCGAUUUUCACUGGGGUACGCCGAUGUAUUGGGACGCUUCAGUUUUGGCUGCUAGACACAAAGUGAUCGUGGUGACCACGGCGUACCGGUUGAACAUAUUGGGCUUCUACACGGACAACACAGCGGGUGCGUCAGGCAACUGGGGACUGAUGGACCAGGCGGCCGCACUGGACUGGGUUCAGCGGAAUAUUGACAGCUUCGGCGGGUCGGCGCAGAGCGUGACGGUGUUCGGGCAGGGUGCGGGCGCGGUGAGCGUGGGCCUGCACGUGGUGUCGCCCGGUUCCCGGGACAAGUUCCACCGGGCGAUCAGCAUGAGCGGCAACGCACUGCUCCGGACGGCCGUGGCGUCCGAGGGCCCGUCCGAUGUGCUGGAUGCGCUCGCCGACAAGUUCAACUGCUUCCGAAACACGUUGACCGGAUGCCUGCGCAACGUGGAAGCUGAGACUCUGGUCAAGGGGGGCGGAUCGCUGACUCGCUGGGGCCCGGUAAUCGACGGUCCGGCGUUGGUCAACGACAGCAAUGGCCGCGAGCCGUUCCUGCCCGACGCGCCGGCCGCGCUCAUGGACAACGGCCGGUUCGCGCAGGUCGCGCAUAUGAUCGGCUACAACCGCAUGGAGGACGCGUUCGACGCUUUCGACCGGACGGAUGGUGGCGGCGGUGGUGAUGAUGGCGGUGACGGUAUCACCAGGGAAAAGUUCGAGACGUUGGUGCGGGACAUGUUGCUGGACGAAGAGGCCGAAGACCGGAAACUGAGGCAGCAGCAGCAACAGCAGCAGCAGCAGCAACAGCCGGCGGCAGCCGCGAGCGAGGAAGCGGCCGGUUCGUCUGACGGCGGUGAUGGUGCGAGCGGUGAUGCGGAUGGUAACGACGGUGGCAACUGUACGAUGAACGUGGACUUCGUGACGGACACGAUCGUGUUGCGGUACGUAAAGCCGACGGACGACGCGGAAACGCUGCGUCGCAACUUCGUGACAAUGUUGGCCAACAAGGUAUACGGGGCCACGAGCUAUCGGGUGGCCGCGUACGUGUCGAAGUACAAUGUGACGUACGUGUAUCGGUACGAGUAUAAGGUACGCGCGGUCAAGGCGCUGCCGGCCGCGGCCGAGUGGAUGGACGCGCCGCACGGCGCCGAGCUUCCCAUGGUGUGGGGCAUGCCGUACUGGCCCGCGGCCGCGGCCAUUGACUGGACGACUGCGGACCGGCGCAUGUCGGACACCAUGAUGGCACUGUGGACGAACUUUGCCAAGCACUCGGACCCGGCGCACCGCACGUCCUCGCCUAUCAACUUCAGAUGGGACGAGUUCCAGCCGCGCAUGCCUCGGUUCAUGGCACUGGACAAGGUGCCUAACAUGUCACUGCCCGACCAGGAGUCCGAUUUCUGGAACCAGUAUUAUCCCAAAGUGCUGGCCAUAUCACAGCAGUGCUGUCCCAACUUCACCGUAGAUUCGGCCGCCAUGCCCGCUAUCCCUCGUCCCUCCACGUCCGUCGCGUUCCUAUUGCUGCCGUUUGUCGCAACACUUUCAUCGUCACUCUUGUAAGCGAUCGUUCCACGUACCGGUGUGCUGUUCAUCUCGACAUCCACUACGGUUGUACCUCUGUACGCAGUUGUAAAUCACAUAAAACUACCCUACGAAGUGUUAUUAUGGUCUUAGUCGCGUUUCAGUCCUCGCGGGUUAUCACGACGUUUGCGCGGAUACAUCCGUUGUGGUAUUAUUCAAAAUUAUAUCGAUAUUAGAAGUUGGUUUCCGUUAUAGAUAUUAGUUAAUACGGUUUCAUUUCUUAGUCGAAAUCGAGCAAAUCGAGUUUCAACACUUUUGGAUAAAGUUAACUUUCGAUCACGUCGUAGACUUUUGCGGAUAAUAUAGCUCGACUUUAUUAUUACUGGUACACAGGAAUCGCAAACGGGUUUACGUUUGGAAUUUGAGAGUUAGUAUCCAUUAAAUUAUUAUCAACCCCAUUAGGUAGUUCGACUUACGUAAGAUUUAUCUCUACUCUUCUUCGUGAAGUUGAUGUACAAUUAUUAUUAUAAUUUAUGUAAAAUUGUACACCGAAAUUCUAAAUUAUUACUGAUAGUAUGUUAAGUUUA